UGGAACCUCAACCCAACACGUUAUUGUGAUAGAGUCUGCAGAUGCAGAUGCUGCAGGUCCUGGGAUCAAGCAGGAGAGGUCUGAAGGAGAGGAGGACCCACAGCACAGCAGCGACAUCCAGACUGGAGAGCCCCAUGUAGUCACGGAGGACCCCACCACCACCCCAGCGCAGCCCAGGGAUGUCAGUAGAACACCGAACGCCGUCCUCAAGUCUGAGACAGAGACUUUAACAGGGCUGGGGCGACUGGGCUGUCCUCCUGCUCACCGCUCAGAGUAUUUAGUUUACGGUAACCCGAGCCUGAGGACGGUUCUGUCCCAUCGGGACUCAGGUGACACGUUACAGACUGGCAAUGAUCCAUCCUGUUCAUACGCUACAGAGACAGAGAUGAUACCUGGUGACAUGCCUGUGAGCUUAGAUACACAGACUAAUCCAAUGAGAGGUGACUGGAACCAGUACAGUAGUAGUGUAUACUCUGAAGGGUUCCUAGAUAAGAAAGGGAAGGGUCUGGUCGUUGAUGAGGUUACUGUGAAAGUGGAGGGUGACGCUCCUCUGACAUGGAAUGCAGACGAGACUCACUUAGGAGAAGGACAGUCGCAGGGCAACACUAGUGACUUCUUAGACUACAGGGAAAGCUUAGAGCCAAAUCCAAAUAUCGCAACCCACUCCCCUUUACACACGCUCAGGGAUCGCGACCCAGUGUCCACGUCGAUGGCACCUUCCGAUUCACACGGCCGCAUCCUUUUCGAUCAGGUAUUGAACUCAAACGACAGGGCUAGAGUCCAGGCUCUGGAAGGGGGAGCAACAUCAGGCGGUAGUAAAGAGAAACGGUUCUUCUGCAUGUUUUGUAACAAAGGCUUCAACUGCCCCCAGAAGGUGGAGAUCCACCAGAGGGUCCACGUAGGGGUGAAACCCUUCAGCUGUACUCAGUGUCACAUGCGCUUCUCCCAGGCUUGGAACCUGAAGAUCCACCAGAGGGUCCACACAGGGGAGAAACCCUACAGCUGUAGCCAGUGUCACAUGCGCUUUGCCCAGACUUGCAACCUGAAGAGGCACCAGAGGGGUGUGCUCUCCAACAUCUCGUCCAUCACAGACCUGGGAGGCUUUGACCCCGUCUGGCUCUUCCUGGUGGUGGGAGGAGUUAUGUUCAUCCUUGGCUUUGCCGGCUGCAUCGGAGCACUGAGGGAGAACUCUUUCCUGCUCAAGUUUUUCUCCGUGUUCCUGGGGAUCAUCUUCUUCCUGGAGCUGACAGCUGGAGUCUUGGCCUUCGUCUUCAAGGACUGGAUCAAGGACCAGCUCAACUUCUUCAUCAACAACAACAUCCGGGCGUACCGGGAUGACAUUGACCUGCAGAAUCUUAUAGAUUUCACCCAAGAAUACUGGGAGUGUUGUGGAGCCUUUGGGGCAGACGACUGGAACUUGAACAUCUACUUCAACUGCACUGAUUCCAACCCAAGUCGCGAGAAGUGCGGAGUGCCCUUUUCAUGCUGCACCAAAGACCCGGCAGAGGAUGUCAUUAACACCCAGUGUGGCUACGACAUUCGAGCUAAAGCGGACUCAGAGCAGAGGACCUUUAUCUACAUCAAAGGCUGUGUGCCUCAAUUUGAGAAGUGGCUUCAAGACAACCUGACAGUGGUGGCGGGGAUCUUCAUAGGAAUCGCUUUACUACAGAUUUUCGGGAUCUGUUUAGCACAGAAUUUAGUGAGCGACAUUGAAGCAGUGAGAGAGAGCUGUUUGUUUACCUGAAACAUCUCAAGCAAACUAAAGGUUGUAACGAAGAUCUCUUGAGUUUUGCCACCUUCUAAAGAGAGACGAUCAGGACACUUGGGAAAUGUACAAAAUGAAGACUCUCGCUGCUUCCUUUAUGCUCUGUAUAUAAUCAUUUUGUAAGAGUUCGUUUUUAUAUGUCUCACUGAUGCAGUGUCAAACACUGCCUGGAAGGGUCGUGUACAAAGCCAUGUGUAUACAUAUGUGUAUAUAUGGGAGCCAUACAUAUGUAUCUAUAUGGCUCUGUCAUGUACAGUAUAGAGCUGAGGUGGUUCUGGAAAUGCACUGCAUGCCUAUUCAUAGGGCAUUGGUUCUCCUACCUGUAUUCUUUAAUGUUAUAAUGUCUGAUGUAUUGUACAGUAUACGUCAGAUUAUCAGUAUGGAGUGAAUUGGCUGGGUAGCACAUUGUACACUGUGUUAUAAAGCCUACGUAGCUGUAGCAGUAACAUGUAUUGUAAUGUCAUGCUAUGCUGUGUGAAGUGUCAUAAAUUGGUUUAGGGACAGGUCCCUAAACCAAUGUAUGACACUUCACACAGUAUAGCAUGACAUUACAAUAUCAUGCAGCAGUUUGGGAUCAUUAGUAUGUUACAUUUUAAUUAAUGACAAUGUUUUGUGAUGUCGUUGGUCAUAAAGUGACAUUAUGAACUAUCAUUAGGCGAUGUACUUGGUGUCAUGUCAUGGCAGAAUUCAUCUAGGCUUGAUGAAGUUUGAGUCUCGUAAUUAAGUGUUCCAGUUUCUAAAGAGGGAACAUGUUCUAAAGAUAAUUUGUGUUGCUAAUACCACACACGUCCUGUCUAUUGACUAGCAAUAACUUCAAGAACCUUGAACUAACUCUAUUUCAGCCACAUGUGUUGCAUUUCAUUGUCGUGUUCAAUUUAUACCAAUUGCCCCAUAAAGGUGAGGUAUCAAAACCCAACUAGGUUCUUUACUGAAUUUUGAAUGACUUUACUUUUAGCUGUUAUUGGUUUAUUUCUCUAUUUUGUCUGAAUUUUUUCCACAGAAGAAUCCAAGCAGGCAAAAAUGUGGCUGUUAUUACCGUUAUUUUCUGGUUAUAUGGUCGAGAAGACAUCAUAUAACCAAAUGCAACCAAACGGUCUCUGUUACAGUACAACCAGGCAAAUACAUAUUUUUUCAUGAUGACAUCAAGAGGUCAUGGGAAAGAGUAAUAUUUUGGUUGUUAUCUGGUCACAUAAUCAGAUAGGGUCAGCAGGUAAGCUAGCGGUUAAGAGCGUUUGGGCCAGUAACUGAAAGGCCACUGGUUGGAAUCCCCGAGCCGACUAGGUGAAAAAUA